AUGGACGGCAGCAUGGAAGAGGCGGCGGCGAGGCCAAGCAAGAAGGCGCCCGGGACGGCCGCGUCUGGCCUGACAGCGUUCGGGCUCCGCCUGGCGAAGCACCUCGCUGACGAUGGUGAGGUCGCCGGCGGCGAUGAUGGUGGCGGCCAAAACAUCGUCUUCUCGCCGCUGUCCAUCUAUGCCGCGCUAGCCCUGCUGUCGGCCGGGGCACGUGGUACCACCCUGAACGAGGUGCUGACCACGCUUGGCGUGGCGUCACGCGACGAGAUCGCGGAGUUCGUCAGUGCCGUGGAGCGCGCCCUCGCUGACCGCUCCGAGUCCGGUGCGCCCCUUGUGGCAUUCGCGUGCGCACUCUGGCACGAAAAGACGAUGGCCCUGAAGCCGGCUUACCGUACAGCAGCUGUAAUGAAAUCCUACAAGGCUUAUAGCGCAGCCGCUGUUGAAUCCUACAAGGCUGACACGUGCCGCUGA